AUGGUUGGUGAAUCAAAAAAGGACCACUGCAACAAGACCGUGGAGAUCUACGAGGACGUGGCCAGUCCGGAGGUGACGCAGGAAACCUUCGGGAAACCGAUGACCUGUUGGUACAGAUUCCGGUCCUUCCGGGGCACGCCCAAAGACUGGAUCCUAAGGAUUAAGUUCAACAAAUUCAAGGUGGGGAGCUUGCUCAACGCCAGUCACUGCGAAGGAGGUUAUAUGCAGACCUGGAAGCAAGGUGAAUCAAAAAAGGACCACUGCAACAAGACCGUGGAGAUCUACGAGGACGUGGCCAGUCCGGAGGUGACGCAGGAAACCUUCGGGAAACCGAUGACCUGUUGGUACAGAUUCCGGUCCUUCCGGGGCACGCCCAAAGACUGGAUCCUAAGGAUUAAGUUCAACAAAUUCAAGGUGGGGAGCUUGCUCAACGCCAGUCACUGCGAAGGAGGUUAUAUGCAGAUAGAGUCAGAAACUUUAAAACUAAAAGGUUGCUUCGAUGUAUUGAAUUUAAGACCAGGAGGAUUUCUGGACCACAUUAAUGAAAUGCACCUGGUUUAUAGAAAGUUAGGUGGUCUCAUAGAGAUUAAUACUCUCUACAAAGAAGAUAAGAACGACUUAAAGAAUGAUGAACUCAACGCAUUGGACAAAAAUGUACAAGUUAACAUGAAAUUAAAUCAACAUACUAGUGACCUAUGUAAAGAGCAAUAA